AUGUAUCGUCAAGUGUUACUGCACCCUGAAGAUGCCCCGCUGCAACGCAUACUUUGGCGAUUCGAUUCUCAUGCCCCGAUUUCCACCUACGAAUUGCAAACUGUGACAUAUGGUCUAGCACCAUCGUCAUUUCUGGCCACACGUACCUUACAGCAACUUGCCACUGAUGAAGGUGACGGUUAUCCAUUCGGUGGACCAGCAUUACGCAAGGGAUUUUAUGUGGAUGACUACAUAGGGGGAGCAGAGACGAAAGAAGAGGCAAUUCAAACUCGCAUCGAACUGGAUGAACUACUACGGAAGGGAGGGUUUAUUCUCAGAAAGUGGACAUCCAAUAACGCAAACGUUCUCGAAGGCCUCGAUCCGGCGCAGAUUGGAACUCAACCCGCACUCAAAUUCGACCAUGACGAAACAAUAAAAACGCUUGGAGUCAGUUGGGAGCCAGUGGUAGAUCAACUACGUUUUGAAUCCACUCCCUUUAUUGAAUGCGGAUCACCCACUAAACGAUCCAUACUGUCAUCCGUAUCCAAACACUUUGACCCCCUUGGUCUCACUGCUCCGAUUAUUAUAAGAGCAAAAAUGCUUCUCCAAGAGCUAUGGUUACAACCCUGCGGAUGGGACGAAGAAGUUUCGGAUAAUAUACGCACUAAAUGGGAGAACUAUUGUACCGAAUUACCAUCACUUUCCUCCUAUAGAGUUAACCGAUAUGCAUUCUUACCGAAUUCCACCGUCCAACUGCAUACAUUUGCAGAUGCAUCCCAGCAAGCAUAUGGCGCUUGCAUAUAUGCCAGAUCAACUGAUUUUAAAGGUCGAGUGCAUAUCCAGCUGCUUGCAUCGAAGUCGAAAGUCGCACCGCUAAAACAAAUUUCCGUACCCCGAUUAGAAUUAUCAGCUGCUGUUCUCGCUGCCCGUUUGCACCAAAAAGUUACUGCCGCUUUGGAUAUGCUCAUCUCCGCAUCGUUCUUUUGGUCAGACUCCACCGUCACGCUUGGAUGGUUACGCUCCCCUCCAUAUACCUCGAAUACUUUCAUCGCGAAUCGAGUGUCCGAGAUACAAACCAGUACCCACGGAUCCCACUGGAAUCAUAUUACAGGGAAACAAAACCCUGCGGAUCUCAUCACGAGGGGGAUAAAAGUGAGCGAUUUUCUCAACUGUGAUCUUUGGCAUCACGGACCUACGUGGCUAAAACUACCCGAAGUAGAAUGGCCAACAAAAACACCGCAUCAGAAAACCCCCGAAGAUAUUCUAGAACGGCGAAGGAUGGUGGCGGCUGUUCAAAACAAGCCCAGUGUGAAUGAAAUAUUCAAUCGAUUUUCUAUGUACAACCGAUUGAUUCGUGUGACUGCAUACUGCCUUCGUUUCAUCGCUGCCUGUCGACGAAAGUUGUAUGACAGGCAAACGCCAGAAAAACCCACAGCACUCACAGUAGAUGAAAUCACAGCAGCUCGCUUAAAAUUAAUUGCAAUAGCCCAAGCGGAUGUAUUCGCUGAGGAAAUGAGGGAUCUAGGGAAGGGUUAUGCGAUAUCUAAACGAUCUGACUUACGCCUUUUGAGUCCUUUUGUCGAUCCAGACGGUAUAUUACGUGUCGGAGGGAGAUUAAGACUCUCCGAACAGCCUUACAUAACUAAACAUCCGAUCCUAAUUCCCAGCUCCCAUCCAUUCACACGAUUAGUUGCCCAGCAUUACCAUCUUAAACUGUUGCACGGUGGCGGCCGUGUAACUCUAGCUGCUAUUCGGCAAGAAUAUUGGCCAAUUCAAGGACGACGAGUGGUCAACAGUGUCAUUAGAAGCUGUUUUAGAUGCGCCCGUGCCUCUCCCGUUCCAGCAAAACAGCAGACCGGUCAAUUGCCCCUGCAGAGAAUCACUCCAAGCCGCCCAUUUUCGGUCACCGGGGUUGACUAUGCCGGUCCAGUUUACAUAAAGCCAAUACACAAACGAGCAGCAUCCACAAAAGCCUACAUUAGCAUUUUUGUUUGUUUUGUAACGAAAGCAGUGCAUAUUGAACUGGUCAGCGAUUUGUCAACCCCCGCGUUCCUCGCUGCACUGAGAAGGUUCAUUGCCCGCCGCGGCUGCCCCGCACAUAUGCACUCCGAUAAUGGAAAAAAUUUCGAAGGUGCCCGCAACGAACUGCAUGCACUCUACCAGUUACUGAAGAAGGAGAAAACGACCGGAUAA